AUGAAUGAGUCGCAUACUGGCGAGUAUAUCUGCACGCUUCUGCAGAAUACUUGUAGGGAGUUCGGCAUCGAGGAGUUCAAGUUAGAAAGUUUGACCACUGACAAUGCCAAGAACAUGAAGGCAGCUUCAAAUUUAUUUCUCGGUGUUGGACACCAUGUUCCUUGUUUUGCCCACACUAUUAAUUUAGUAGUAGACAAUACGGUUAAGGACAUUAAGAGCUUUUCGACGGUUUUAGAUAAAGUAAAGCAUUUGGAAAAUACGGUUGCCAUGGCACUUAUUAACCGAUCAAAAUCCACCAAAAUCCUGCCAGAAAUGCUAUCAAAACCAGAGCUUGACUCUGGUGAUUUUUGCGAGCUUUUAAAACCUUUCAAAGAAGCGACUGAAAGAGUUAGCGGUGAAUCUUACGUCACGGUCAGUUUAGUUGUUCCGAUGAUAACUAUGUCGCUAGCAAAAUUACGAAAAAUACUAGUGCAGUCGGCAGACGGUAUUUUAAUGAAAGAUGUUCUAUUAAAAAGAUCAGACGAAUAUUUAAUUGGUUUGAGCAAAAACAAGAUUUUAAUAAAAGCUUGCUUAUUGGAUCCGCGCUUCAAAAAAAUGUAUAUUCCUCCCACAAUGGUGUUGGAAGCCUCAAAGGACAUUCUAGAGGAAAUGCAACUUAAUAGCGAAGGAAAGAGACGCUCGUUAAAUGUGAAACCGCUGGAAGAAUUGGACACAACUCAAGUCAACCGCCAAGAAAGUUUUUUUGAGGCUCACAAUCGAACCAUUCAGCAAAACCAAAUUUCGGACAGCCCCUACGAAAAGGAGUUCCACUUGUAUAUAUCAUUGCCAAAUACUAAUUGGGAAGCUGACCCACUACAGUUUUGGACUUCCCAACAGCAGACAAUGCCACACUUAUCGAAGUUGGCACUACGCUACCUGAUAAUACCAGGUAGCUCGGCAUCCUCAGAAAGGAUGGCUUCGGCCAUUAAAUGUGUAGUGUGUUACUCACGCAGCCGCAUGACUGAUCGACACGUAACUCAGCGUGUAUUUUUAAAGUCAUUGGCCAAGCAUUAUUGGAAAUAA